ACACAGAGAAGACUUUUCUCAUGCCUCCACCCCAUUGCCUGGCUGGAGUUUCAUCCCCUUUCCUUCACUUGGGUUAUGGUUAGUAUCCAGACAACAUGGAUAAGAAAGUCGUGCUGAUCACAGGAUGCUCCUCUGGGAUUGGUCUCAGCCUGGCUGUCCGGCUAGCAUCUGACCCCGACAAAAUAUUCAAAGUCUACGCCACAAUGAGGAACCUGUCCAAGAAAGAACGACUUUUAGAGAGUGUGAAAGGCCUGCACAGGGACACCUUGGACAUACUUCAAAUGGAUGUGACCGACCGGCAAUCCAUCCUGGAUGCAAGAGACAAGGUUGUGGAGAAACGAGUGGACUUCCUCGUGUGCAAUGCUGGUGUGGGUUUGAUGGGGCCGCUGGAAGUGCAGUCUUUGGAUUCAAUGAGGCAGAUUCUUGAGGUUAACCUUCUAGGUACCAUCCAAACCAUCCAGGUCUUCCUGCCAGAUAUGAAGGCCCAGGGCCAGGGACGCAUUCUCGUCACAGGCAGCACCGGAGGACUCCAUGGUCUCCCAUUUAAUGAGGUUUACUGUGCCAGUAAAUUUGCGAUAGAGGGUGCAUGUGAGAGUCUGGCUGUCCUCUUGAAACACUUCAAUAUCCAUGUGAGUCUUAUUGAGUGUGGUCCAGUGAACACUGACUUCUUGGUCAACCUGCAAAAGGCAGAGCUUGGAGAUGCUUCCCUCCAACAGGUUGAUACCCAAACACUCAGUCUCUAUGAAAAAUAUCUGCAGCAUUGCAAUUCUGUUUUUCAAAAUGCAGCCCAGGACACUGAAGACAUCGUAAAGGUAUUCCUAGACGCCAUCCAGUCAGCUAGCCCUGCAUUCAGAUACUUCGCCAGCAGCGUUGUGCCAGCUCUUGCCAAACUGAAGGUCACAGAACCAGAUGGCUCACAAUACAUCAGCGCUAUGAGCAAAAUCAUUUUCUGCCCCGACGACCAGUGAUUUUCCACAUGUCUUGUUAUUAACCAAUCCACUAGUUUGUGCAGACCUGUCUCUUCUUUUUCUUUACGUGCAGACAUUUAAAUUUCCUCACCUAAUAUCGAUUCCUCAGGACAGUUUUUGACUCACUGCUGACUGUCAGAUGGAAAGAAGAGUAAGUUAACAAUUCACUAAGUGAAGCUUGUGCUUCGCUUAUCAGAAGUAACACUCCUCCUACAUAAACUAUGCACAAAUAGACUAUUUUCCACUUGGCUGCAGGUGGAUUUUGUUUUUCUGUUUGGUGAUAUCAAAGUCUUUACAUUCGUCUUGCAUGACAGUAUUCUUGCUACACUAAUUGGCAUAUUUAUAAUAGCACUGGUAAACCUCUGGACAGAUUCCACAUUGCUGAAAAGACUCCAAGAAUUUUGAUUGGGUAUAUUUGAAAGCAUUAAAUACCUUUCUCCGCUGCAGUGAAUUAUUUAGUUGCACUGGAUGUGUUUCUUUUUUGUUCCUUGCUAAAAUGUGUGCCUUAACCUGCCUAUUCUGGAAUACAUAAA